CUCACACACUCUGCUGCAUCAUGUCGUCUCACUGAGGCUCGGCUGCUCGGCUCGGCUCGGCUCGCACGCCCCCCCCCCCCAAAAAGACAGCAUGUUUCCCCGGUGUUCCUCCGGCCGCCGGCUGCCUCUCGGCCCGGCCCUGUGGCUGCUGGCGUGUGCGGGCUGCCUGCUGGCCCGGUCCGGAGCCCAGGAGGCGGGCAGCUCCGGCUCCAGCAGCAGCCUGUGGUACCAGGAUCUGUGCAGUUAUAAAUGGGAAGCUAACGACCGCAUUAACAAAGUGAGCUACACGUUGAAGCUGUGCGAGUCUUCCCCCCCGACCGGCUGCGCCCCCAGCGCCGCCGUCUGCGCCAAGGACCUCGUCUCCGGCAAAACACAGUCUGUGGGUGAGCUGUCGCUGCAGAGGCUCUCUGGCACCGUGCUGGAUUACAACAGCACCGUGAAAUGUCCAGAAAACAACAACAAUAUACAGACGAGCAUCAGCUUCCAGUGCGGGAGAACCAUGGGGACCCCGGAGUUCGUUGCUGUGUCUCAGUGCGUCCAUUACUUUGAGUGGAGGACGUACAGCGCCUGCAAGAACGGCAAAUUCAAGCCGCACAAAGAGGUGCCCUGCUACGUGUUUGACUCCGAUGGUAAGAAGCACGACCUGAACCCGCUGAUCAAAGUGAACGAUGGCUACCUGGUGGACGACGGAGACGACAGCAUCGACUUCUACAUCAACAUCUGCCGCAGUCUCAACCAAGCAGAGAAAUCCUGUCCCGAGGGCUCGGCAGCUUGUCUGGUCACCAGUCAGGGCUCCUUCAGCAUGGGCUCCCCCACCAAGCCACUGGAACUGGUCGACAGCGACAGACUGAGGCUGCAGUACGAAGUGAGUGCUGGUUCGACUCCUCCUGAAAUCUGCAAGGGACACAGUCCUGCCGUCACCAUCACGCUCAUCUGUCCGUCAAGCAGACAUCCAGGCAGUUCUCCUAAGAUGACAGCGGAGUCUCACUGCCGCUACGAGGUGGAGUGGGUGACGGAGUAUGCCUGUCACAGAGAUUACCUGGAGAGCCAGAACUGCAAACUGACCAGUGAUCAACACGACAUCUCUAUAGACCUUACUCCGCUCACUCUGAGCUCCUCUGACCCGCAAUACUAUGCACAUUCUGAGGCCAGCGACGGGUCCGAAAACUACGUGUACUACCUGAGCGUGUGUGGACAGAUCCUCAACAAGGAAUGUGGCGACGAGCCGUUCAUAUCGUCCUGCCAGGUGAAGAAGAACCCGCCCAUGAGCAAAGUGGCUGGAAGAAACCAGAACCAGACGUUACGUUAUUCAGACGGAGAUUUGACUCUGAUCUACCCGGACGGGGACAGAUGCUCUUCCGGAUUACAGAGAAUGACCAUCAUCAACUUUGAGUGCAACAACAACGCAUCCAACGGCGGCCGAGGGAAUCCCGUGUUUGCCGGAGAGACGGACUGCACCUACUACUUUGACUGGGACACGUCCUUCGCCUGUGUGAAGGAAAAGGAGGAUCUGCUGUGUCGGGUCAGAGAUGGAAACAAACACUACGACCUCUCACCCCUCACAAGAUACCCUGAGACAGAUGUCAGUGGAAACUGGGAGGCGGUGGACGCUAACUCUCCAAAGCCGGACUCACGUUUCUACCUGAACGUCUGUCACAAAGUCGUCCAGAUGGGAGGAGCCGCCGGCUGCCCGGUGAACUCCUCCAUCUGUGUCGUGGAUAAGGACCAUGGGUCCAUCAGCCUGGGAAGCUUCCUCUCGUCGCCCCACAAGACAAAAAUAGGGAACGACAUCCAACUGGUUUAUACUGAUGGAAAUUUCUGCAUCAAUAAAAAGACCCGGAUCCAAACUAUCCUGACCCUCAAGUGCAAACCAGGAGAUCUCGAGAGCGCUCCCGUCCUUCGCAGCGUUUCCGAAGACGGGUGUGUGUACGAGCUGGAGUGGUACACUGCCGCCGCCUGUGUGCUCUCGAAAACUCAGGGAGACAACUGCAAAGUGGAGGAUCCUCAGGCUGGUUUCUCUUUCGACUUGUCGCCACUCUCCAAAGAUGGCGGCUCCUACAACCUGACGAGUGGAAACUACGACUACUACAUCAACGUUUGUGGCCCCGUCAAAGCUGCCGACUGUCCAGGGAAGGCCGGAGCGUGCCAGGUUGAAAAGAGUUCGUGGAAUCUUGGGGAUGCAAACUCUCAUCUGUCAUAUUACGACGGCCUGAUCCAGCUGUCGUACACCAACGGCUCCCAGUACAACAACAAGGAACACACACUCAGAUCCACUGUCAUCUCCUUCCUCUGUGAUCCAGAAGCAGGAGCUGGAAACCCCCAGUUCCAGGUUGAAGACAAGUACACGUAUAACUUCCACUGGUACACAUCCUACGCAUGUCCUGAAAGGCCCCACGAGUGUUUGGUGACAGAUCCCAACACGUUUGAGCAGUACGACUUAUCCAGCCUGUCUCGCUCCACCACCGGUGACAACUGGCAGCCCAUGGAUUUGUCCGACCAGAAGAAAUACUACAUCAACAUCUGCCGGCCUAUCAACGCUGUGGCCGGCUGCGACCGCCAUGCGUCCGUCUGCCAGAUGAAGUUCGUGUCCGAGCAGGGCUCUCGGAAGGAAGUUGUGUCCAUCAGUAACAUGGGGAUUUCCAAGGGAGGGCCGACCAUCGAGGGACGGGACCAGCUGCUGCUGGAGUUCACAGACGGAUCCGUGUGCAUGUCUGACGGCCAAAAGCUCACAUACACCACACGCAUCCACCUGGUCUGCUCCCGGGGGGCUGGGUCGACCGGCCCACGGUUCCUCGUGUACCAGAACUGUACCGCCAACUUCAUGUGGGAGACCCCGGCAGCCUGCGCCAUCAGAACCACCAAGAAAGAUAGCUGCGCUGUUACAGACCCCAACACCGGCUUCGAGUUCAACCUGCAACUUCUGGCGUCAAAGACGGGAUACAAGACGACUGCAAAUGGGAAGGACUUCCUGGUGAACAUCUGUGCAGAUGUGGCACAAUGCGGCGCCGGCAUGGCUGGCUGUGAGCUGGAGGACGGGCAUCCCUCCAGCCCAGUGGGGGUGGAGAAGUCCCUCCAGUACUCCACCGAUGGGCUGCUCCAACUCACGUACAAGGGGCCGCUGGACGAUCCCACGGCCACUCGAGACACGUUUACCAUUAAUUUCGUGUGUGAUCAAUACUCUCACCCGGGCUCAUUGAAACUGGUGCGAGAGGGUUUGAGCUCGCUGGCCACCCACGUGGUCCACGACGUCCUCUUCGAGUUCUCCACCGCUCUGGCCUGUGUCCCUGCUCCAGUGGACUGCCAGUUCAGUGAUCCUCACGGUAAUAAGUACGACCUGAGUCACCUCGCCCGGGACGGAGACGACAGCCCCUGGAUCGCCAUCGACACAGACUCGGUCAAAUCGCGCAGCUUUUACAUCAACGUCUGCAAACCUCUCCCUCCCGUGAACAAAUGUCCAAUCGGCCCCUUGGGAGCCUGUGGUGUGAUCGAUGGUAAAAGCUACAACCUGGGAUACGUCCUGUCGACACCACAGCUGGCAGAGGACGGCUCCAUCAGCAUCAUCUAUCAGAACGGAGACCUGUGUGGUGCCACGUCCCGAUACUCGACGCGCAUCAUCCUGCAGUGUGACGACAACCCGGGCUCCCCCAUGUUCGACCGUAAAGACGGUUGUGAAUACGUCUUCAUCUGGAGGACGUCUGAGGCCUGUCCCAUCAGGAAGUCUCAAGGCGAUGGCUGUCGGGUUCGUGACCCAAAGAGCAGCUACGAGUUUGACCUGAGCUCUCUGAAGGGACAAGAUUACCCAGUCAGGAGCGGACAGUACAUCUACCACCUGUCCGUCUGCGAGGGGCUCCAGAGAGGCGUCUGCACCAAGAAAGACACCGGCAGCGAGACAGUGUCCUCCUGUCAGGUGGAUGGAGAAAAACACAUGAUUGCAGGAAUGGCAAACCAGAUUCUGAACUACGUGGGAGACCAGCUGAUCCUGAACUACACCAACGGAGAGACCUGUCAUAAAAUAUACACUAGAUCCACAGAGAUUUACUUCUCCUGCCACCCCGACAGACAUCCGGGAGCGCCACAGUUUAUCAAGGAGACUCCAGACUGCACCUACCUGUUCAGCUGGCCCACCGCUCUGGCCUGCGUCCCAUUCAGAACCACCAGCUGCUCCUACAACGACGGUCAGGGCCACUCGUACGACCUCUCACCUCUGGCGUUGGACUCUGGGAACUGGGAGGUUGAGUCCUCGUCUGUGGACACGACGAAUCGAUUCUACAUCAACGUCUGCAGGACGCUGACCCAGCAGGGAGGUUCAUGGAAGUGUCCCUCCAGUGCAGCGUCCUGCAUGAAGGUGGGAGAUGACUAUGUGAGUCUGGGGCAGGUGGAGUCUGGUCCCACGUGGGACGGAAACGUCCUGAAGCUGCAGUACAGCAGCGGCCAGCUCUGCCCCGACGGACAGCGCAACAGGACGAGCAUCGUCCGCUUCAAGUGCGACAAAGACCGAGUGGACUCCCGGCCCACGAUGAUCUCUGCCCUUGAGGACUGUGUUUACACCUUCCUGUGGUUGACAGCAGCUGCCUGUCCUCUCAACAGCAGUGAACACGACGACUGCAAGGUCACCAACCCAGCUACAGGUCAUCUGUUUGACUUGAACGCCCUGACGAAGGAAGGCGGUUACACGGUCUACGGUCACCAGGAUCACAAAAAGAUGUUCCGCAUGAAUAUCUGUGGAAACGUGGCGAACACCGGCUGCAGCCCUGAAACCGGCGUGUGCAUUAAGGACACCAGCACAGCGGUGAGCGGCGGUCAGGUGAGCAGGAAGCUCUCGUACAGGGAUCAUGUCGUGGAGCUGACGUAUGAAGGAGGAAGUCCCUGCGCGGCAAACCCCGAACUCAAACACAGCAGCAUCAUCCACUUCAUCUGCAGACCCCCGAACAUGGGCUCAGCCUCCGCAGAGCCAGUCCUCAUCGACUCCGAUGCUGAGACCUGCACACACUUCUUCUCCUUCCACACUCCACUGAUCUGUGAACAGCCUGUGACGUGUUCGGUGCAGAACGGCUCUGCUCUGAUAGAUCUGACUCCUCUGAUUCACCUCAAUGGAUACUACACAGCCACAGAUGAGGCGGUGGAUCAAAAGGAUGGAUCGUCAGACUUUUACAUCAAUGUCUGUCUGCCUCUGAACCCAAUCCCCGGCGUCACCUGUCCUCCUGGAUCUGCCGUCUGUAUGGAUCCUGAUGACGGUCCACCAAUGGAUAUCGGGCGAACCACCAAAGGUCCUGAGAUCGACAGCGCCACAGGGGAAGUGAACAUCACCUAUUACAGCUCCACCAAGUGUGCAGAGGACCUGUCACAGAACUACUCUUCAACCAUCAUCUUCACCUGCCAGAGAGGCCUGGAGCUGGGCUCUCCACGGAUGCUGAAGCUAGAGUGCGUCUAUUUGUUUGCGUGGGCGACGCCUGUGGUCUGUCCAGAUGCCACCCACACCAGCGGCUGCCACCUCAACGACUCCCAGCUCCAGUUUACCUUUGACCUUUCGGCCCUUUCUGCUGAAGUCCAGGUGCCAGGACCCUCCAGCAUGUACCACAUCAGCGUCUGCGGCUCAGUGGCGGAGCCGGCCUGUAAGAACAGCGCAGUCUGCCUCGUGUCCGGUUCCGGUUCGGACACGUCGGCCUCGUCGUUCGGCAUCAGCAAGGCCAUGACCAUGGACUACAAACACGAGGAGCAGGCGGUGCUGAUGCAGUACGGAGGAGGAGAUCCCUGCCCGCCAUUGACCCCUGCUGGUGAGGUGUGUGUCUUCCCCUUCAUUUUCAUGAAGAAGUCGUACACAGAGUGCACCAAAGAUGGGAGGACAGAGGGCAGGAAGUGGUGCGCCUCCACCGCCAACUAUGACACGGACAGGAAGUGGGGCUUCUGCGUUGAAGCCUCGGCUAAACGUCAGUCAUCCAUCUUGUUUACCUGUGACCAGUCUGCAGGCCACGGCUCUCCACAGCUGCUCUCAGAGACGGCUGGUUGUUCCGUCACUUUCCAGUGGAAGACCAACACGGUUUGUCCCCCGAGGAAGAUGGAGUGCAAGCUGGUCAGCCAGCAUCAGACCUUCGACCUUCGAGCCCUGUCCUCCCUCACCGAGCCGUGGAAGUUCAGCCACAAGGGAGAUUCGUAUUACAUCAACCUGUGCCAGGGGAUCCACGGUGGAUUACCAGCUUGUCCAGACGGAGCGACCGUGUGUCGACACACGGCGGCAGGACAGACUCACACCCUGGGUCGAGUUUACACCCAGAAGAUGAGCUACUCUGAUGGAAAGAUCUCCGUCAGUUACUCAGCAGGAGACACCGUCUGUGAUAACGGCGUGCAGGCGAAGACUGUGAUCCAGCUGAGCUGUGGCACCACUGUUGGACACCCAGCACUCAUCAGUGUCGACGAGGCGUCCUGUGAGUUUGUGUUUGGCUGGGAGACUCGGUCGGCGUGUGCGGUGAAGCAGCGUGAGGUGGAGAUGGUGAACGGGACGAUACAGGUUCCUGACACCGGGGCCAGCCUCAGCCUGGGAUCCCUCUACUUCAGCCAACACCAGGCGUCUGGAGACAUCCGUCCCAACGGCGACCGAUACAUCUACCACAUCCAGUUGUCCGGCAUCACCAACAACUCACUGCCCAGCUGCCUCGGCGCCAACAUCUGUCAGGUGAAGCUCAACACAGACUACCGACGCAGGAUCGGCUCCUCCAGCAAAGCCAAGUACUACGUUCAAGGAGGAAACCUGGACGUGAUGGUGCCCUCGGAGUCGGCGUGUGGCCGCGAGAAAACCAAAAUGGUGUCAUCCACCAUCAUGUUCCACUGUAACCCCGCGGCAGGCGUCGGCAUCCCGGAGUUCAUGCUGGAGACGGAUGAAUGCCAGUAUCUGUUUGUGUGGCACACGGAGGCUGUGUGUGGUCUGACAACUGUCGAUGCGAAGUCGUACGACGGCGACGACGACGACAGCGCGGCUAAAGCUGUCUCCAGGCGGAGCCAUGCGCUGGGGGUGCUGCUGAGCCUCCUGUUGGUGGGUGUGUCGGUCUGUCUGCUCGGGCUUCUGCUGCACAAGAGGGAGAGAAGGGAGCUGGUGAUCCAGAAGGUUUCCAGCUGCUGCAGAAGAGGAAACCAGGUCUCGUACAAAUAUUCAAAGGUCAACAUUGAUGAAGAAGGGGGCGAGGAGGAGAUGGAGUGGCUGAUGGAGGAGCUGGAAGCCCCUCCCACGUCCUCGUCGUCCCACCGGGGCAGGAGUAACCAGGGCAACGGUCACAUCACGACCAAGCCGGUGAACUCAGACGCCCUCCGCUCGUUCACGCUGGACGAGCAGGAGGACGACAGCGAGGACGAGGUGCUCAGCGUCCCGGGGGUGCAGGUGUUGAAGUCGAAAAACUCGGCGGCUCAUCGCAGCGUCUUCCUACAGGAGGAGAGUGACGAGGACCUGGUCGGGCUCCUGGACGACUCGGACCGGAAGAGGAAGAGCGGCAAGCCUCGCUCAUCGGGCCGUGGUAACCACGGUAACAACACGGCGGCCAACAUGAAGCGGGACGAGGAUGACAGUGACGAGGACCUCCUCAGGGUGUGAUGUCACUUCCUCACCCCCCCCGCUCUGUCCCUCCUCCUACAUCCUGUCUGAACUCUGCUCGCUCAGUGAAUGUCUCCAUCAUAGCAACACAACAGUGAAAACCCCACAACAUCUUGAAAUCAGUUGGUUUUUUUUGGGACUGCACCUUUACUUUACUCCCCUGUCCAGUCCACAGCUUGUCGAUCGAUUAGCACACGGUUAUUUAAACCUGCACCCUGUCUUUUCACUUGUUUCUUUUUGUAUUUGAAACGAUGAAUUGAAAUCACUUCCUUCACCGCAGGCCACAUCCGUCUCCCCCCCCCCGUGUGUCUGACAGGCCAGUUCAGACUUCUCAAAUCAACCCAGGGCACAAAAAACACCUUUUAAAAUGUAUUGACUCUGCAGAGAGACACGUCAGGGAAAAGAUUUAAAUGAAGAUUAAAUUAUAUUAAAUACUUGUAUGUUGGUGUUUUAAAAGAAAAGCUGUGCCGUUGCUUUUUGCACUUUACCGUAGCACUGAUUACCUGGAAAUGAUCCCUUUCUUUGCAGAGUGGGCAACAAUACAUUUACUACUUUGAGGGGUUGAUUCAUAGUUUGGGUUUUUAAUGACCUUUGGGAACUUAUUAGAAAACCAAGCUGGAGCAUUGGGGCCAUAUGAAGAGAGAAAUAACACGAGAUUUCGAGGAUUAUGUUCAUGUGGAGCUGAUUUCUCUUAAUAUUACAACUUUAUUCUCUAAAUCUCGGAUGAUUCUUCUCUCGUGGCCGUAAUAAUCUGUCGUAGGAAUCUGCGGUGAAAUAGUGAAACAAAAAUCAAACGGCUAUCGGAGCAACAGGAGGCUGGUUCAGGUUUCAGGACGACGGCCGUGGAGCCGCCGGCUCGUGUCGUUUCUAAAGGGAAUGAAGACGCCCGCUUGUCUUUUCUCGCUGUUUACAGUUGCUAUAAUAGCAGAUCUUUUCUCUUUCUUUCCCCCGUGAAAAGAAAGCGUGAUGCCUUCCUAAUGAUGAAUUUACUUUUGCAUCUUUCAUCAGUGAAUCAUCUCCAGCGACAGAUUGAUUUGUGAGACGUUGUACAUAGACGAUAAUGUUCAAUAAUGUGGAACUUUUUUUCUGUUUUUCGUUUGUCUUCACCGGUGAAAUGCUCACACGUUUUUGUUUUUUUAUGAUUAUUUAAAUGUCGGAGCUGAUUUUCUGUUGGUGUCUCUGUUCUGUGUGGAACUAGCGACGGCCUUAAGUGUGAAUGGACGGACGGUGGAAGGUUGAACGUGAAACAUGAGAUGUUAGUUUAGCUUGUGUUGGUUUUCUGAACUCCCGCUAAAGCCAUAUUCCUUCAGCCACCAACGGAUGGAAGUAGUUUUCUUUUAUUUUUUGUCCGCUUGCACGCUCUCGCACACGAACGGCUCAGUUUCCAUAUCCAGGUCUGUGAUGGUGGACGUGUCAAAAGUGAGGUUUCAACUCGGUAAAGCCGAGUUUUGUGCCGAAAUCCGCCCUUUUUUUUAGCCAAAUGCAUGAAAUGAUAACACAAAAUGAAGAAAUUCAACAUAAAUAUAUCCAGACAUGUACAUUUAACACCUUUUCUGCUCAAUUAUAUCAAAACUAAUGUUUCCUCAAAGGAUCCAGGGCUCAGCUAUUCAGGUUUUGUUAUUUCAUUGAAUCCUGAAGUCACACACUGGAGUAAACCUACACAGUAUAAACCACUGACUGGAAAUAAAGACGGCUCCUCCCACCAUCCAGAAAUGAAGCCAAAAUAUUACAAACGCUGCUAUUUUGUGCUAUGUCAUCAAACCUGUUAGAGACACGAACUCUUGAACGUGCGUCGAUGUGACAAGAACGACCCAAAGUCUCAGGUUUAUGAUGUAUACUGCAGUCGGCCACCAGGGGGACAUCAAGGCGCUGUGGCUUCACUUGGAGCCGUCAUAUCGUCCAUCUUUAUUUCCAGUGUUUGGUAUAAGCUCAGUAUUUCUGGUGCCGUCCCACUUCUUUCUAGUUUUCAUUUGCCUCCACGACAGAUUUAAAGGUGGAAUCACAGACUUACAAUUUGAAUUCACACGAACUCGGCUCAACUUGACGCGUUGCCGAUGAAAGAAGUCGUGUAGAUGAGGAUGAAAUGUGCAUUGGUACGAAGGGCAGCGAGGUUAAACCUCAGUUUUCAAUCCACAGAAACUCAAGUUAUUAACAGACAUGUGAUGUCAUCUCUAAAAUAUCUAAUCAAUCACCAUUCAGGGUAUUUCUAAAGCUUUAUACGCAAAUUUGUUAAACACAUUUUUGUAAAAUGUCCAAAAACUCUGACAAAAUAACAAAAAAAAAAGGCUUUAGCAUCGUAAACAUCAGUAUUUUAUAUGGAUGAGUUUGGGUUGUGCCAUGAGAGUGAAAUUUGAAAACACAAAUAUAAAACUUCAUGUUUCAGUCCCUCUGCUGCAGGAAUUCACUGAUGAUUCACAAUCACAUGAUAAAAUUAAUCUUCUUUCACAUCUCGUUCUAAAAUCUCACUCGUUAUGUUUUCUGUUAAUAAUCGUCAGGAUCAGUCGAAUGAUUUUUGCCGCUGAUCUGAAGUUAUCAAGUGUUUAACGGGUACGUUUUCCAAAAGCCAAAAACAACCCAGAACCUAAAUAUGAUUGUCCUGCAAAAAGUUGAAAAUGAAAUUGAGCCUGUUGCUCGCAGACGUUAUUGUUUUAAACAUUUGUAUUUAUUCAGCGAGUGAACUUCACGACCUGGUCCCGGUGUUUUCCACUUUGUGACUCAUCUCUCCUGAGGAGACGUGGUAGCACUCCUCAUCGCAGAGAAGCCGACGGCGCAGUUUGAUAUGUGAAGUCUUCUCCGUGUUUCUGCUGUGCUCAGCACCGACGUCCGCUCGGUUCGGACCCUUCUCUUCUCGUGAAGAUGUGAACGGACAUUCUUGUGCUUUUUCUUUAAUCGUCACUCCAGCAGAGACGUUUUGUUUUGUAAAACUAACUCGUGAGAGUUGAAUCCCGACAAACAAACUAAACAAAGCCUGCAAGAUAUUUUCUGUGAUGAUUCUGGACGACGGGAGAUUCUUGUUCUGUUUUGUUCGCUGUAAGUUCUGUUGUCUCGUAUGUUUUUUUGUUUUUUCAGCUCUUUGCCCGUUUUCCUAUUUAAAAAGUAUUGAUGUAAAAAAUAUUGCAUUAUUUGAAUAAAUAAGAGAUCUGCUGUUUA